CUUCAAUUUGUAUGAUUUUAUUGAAAGAGCUUGUCAACAAAUAGACCAAUUAAGAGACCAUCACUAUAUAGUCAAAAAUCAAGCAGCAUAUUUGCAGCAUCUAAAAAUCACAUUACCAAGUAAUCAUAUUUUAAUAUUAUUAGACUUGUCUAAAAAUUACAGUUUUUUAAUUCAAGAUGCAGUACAAGGUUUCCAUUGGAACAACAGCCAAGCAACAUUGCAUCCUUUUGUUAUUUACUUUAUGGAAGAAAAUAAGAUAAAAUGUAAAAGUAUUUGUAUCAUCUCAGAUCAUUUGCAACAUAAAAAAUCAGUUCAUUGUUUCAUUCAUGAAGUAUUAAAAUAUUUAAAAGAGUUAAUACCCUACUUUAACCAUAGCAUUUAUUUCAGUGAUGGUGCAAGUUCACAAUACAAAAAUUAUAAAAACAUAUAUAACUUAUGUUACCAUAAACAAGAUCAUGAGGUAUCUGCAGAAUGGCAUUUUUUUGCUACAUCACAUGGAAAGAGUGCUUGUGAUGGUGUUGGGGGCACUUUUAAAAGACUUGUAGCAAGGGUAAGUUUACAAUCACUAACUGAUCCUAUCAAUUCAUCUGAGAAAAUGUAUGAUUGGUGCAGACUUAGAGAAGAUAUUUGCUGGGUUCCAAUUACACAUGUUCUAUGCAAAAUUUCAUCUUUAAAAGUGCGAUCAGCAAUUGGUAGUUGCUAUGAACUAUCAGCUCAUGAAAAAACUAAAAUACUACAUUUGUACAAUAGUAUAUAUAAUAACAAAAUUAUAUAACAACAUGGCAAAAACCAUUAUUAAUUUGAUCAAUCCAAAUUUUUUAUUAAAGUAAAUUUGAUUGAUUCAAUUUAUAUGUUGACAUUUUAUUAAAAGAUAAUGUUUUUAUUACAUAAUAUAUAUUACAUAAUAAACUUGCGUAUUGUGAUGACAAAUCAAACAACUCUUAUCAGUUGGUAUAAUCUGUAACCUAAAUUUAAACGAUGAUAACCAAAUAAAUUGGGAAGGGCGGAAUAGCAAAUGCUUUGGGAAAAAUUAUAAAAUUUAUAGUCAGAAAAUAAAAUAGUAAGAAAAUAAGUGAUAUGAAAACAAAUAUAUGUUAGGCAGAUAGUAAGAAUAAAACAAAAAGUCUUUAUUUUAUAUAUUUACCUAAUGUGUAACUUUUAUAUGUUCUAUCUAACUUUACAAACUAAAUGUCACAGCUUUUAUAUGACACUGCUUAAGGUAAAAUGUUCAAUAACUAAUUAAUAAAAUUAAUUAAGCAAAAAGUUCUUCCUAUGAUGAGAAUGUUCUGUGUAAAAAUAUGCAUGUUAAAAGUAAAUGGAUAGGGGGAGGGAGGCAACUAAGGUUAUUUAAAAACUGAGUUUAAUUCAGUCUUAGUUUAUAGCUUAUUUCUAGUAA